CCGACGUAGCGUGACGUGAUAGUCGAACGCGUGUGGUUAUAGGUAUAGAGCGAAGGUGUGGUGGUCGUCGGUACUCGUUCCGAAAUCAAUGUAGGUAUUGUCUAAAUCGCGAGGCUGCAAGCUCUCGAGCUUUGCGGUUCUAGGGCCUUUGAACCUUGCGGACUGUUUACUCGCGGAGGGAUUACUUUUCGCACAAAGAGACAACCUCGCCUUCCUCGCUCUCCAUGAAUCAAUCCGUGGCUACGUCGUCGUUAAAAUUCGCUCCUCGGAAUCGCGGCUUGCAAACGACUCGCGUCAAGAGCAUCGCAAAAGCACACGCAAGCGCGGAUAUCCCCCUCGCACUGGCUAACACACACGGCUGCAACCUAUAAUCGUGUUUAGGUACAUACCUCAAAUAUUUACAUCCACAUCGCGGCUUGUAAAUACAUUGUUGAUGUAACAAUGUUACUACGUGCACGCACAACGGGCGUGGAUUACAGAGUGACGCGUGUCACCUGCAACGUACGCCUUGCGUUAAUUCCAAGUACGUGGUACGUUAUCUGCGGUGUUGUGUCUGCACGCAGGUAGAAUAAUACUCGAUCGGAUACUCCGAAAAUAGAUCGUGUUGCGCCGAGGGGCUGUGCAGAAAUUGUCUGGGGUCUCGAUAUGAGAUUCGCUCAUGCGAUUGAUAAUAAUCAUCAGUCAGAAGCAGAAGCAGGAGGGACGAUUUAACUCGGCCUGCGGACAGCAAGUAUAAUAAUUAAUUCACGAUCGAAACGAUUGAUAUAAUUUGAAGGAUUAAUUCAUCGCCGAGUGAAUAAUAAUAACACAAGGGAAAAGUGAUCGUACAAUAUUUCGAGUAUGCGAAUCUGUGGAUGAAGAUUCGUGUGUGAAAUAAUACCAGGCUUAAAGGUGAUAAAUGAUAAUAAUGUUACAAAAGUGUAACGCUCGUAAAAAAAACAAAAGAUUCGUGCUACGCUUCGCAAUUAUUAUUCACGUUUUAUAAACAGACGAGCAUUAAACAGAGAGAAUAAAUUAGUGACGAACGUGAAUGAUUUCUCGUCAAGUAUCAUAAAUUGCGGCUGAAGAAAAAAAAAAAAAAAUAUGACGAUAAAAACAACGAUCCGGAGAUCCGUGACUAUUGGGUCAGGGAGUUUGGAAAAAUGGAAGACUCGAGUGACGGAUUCGGUGCAUUAGGAGUAUCGAGUAAAGAAUGCGCGCACAUAAGUUAUCCGAGUAUAAUCCACGGCAAAGAGGACUGCAGCGAUACACCUGCUACGAGCCAAUAACUUGCAGUGAUGUUAUAGUCGAGGUCGCGACGCCGAUUUUGAAGGCGCGGCCUGGUUUGCGCGCUAAGAGAUGAGCGAUCUACAGGCGACACUCGAGUUCUCCCUCGAACUGUGCAAAUUCUACAAUGUCGAUCUGUUCCAGCGUGGGUACUACCAGAUACGAACUGCUUUGAGAGUAUCGCCCAAGCUUCCGGUCAAAGUCGAAGUGAACCAAUUGCGUAACCAUUCCCUCGAAGAGCCGGGUACCAGCAAGAGAUUCCAGAUUCUUUACCGCAACGAAGAAGUGACACUGGGUACUUCGGUAUUGUUCCGGGCACACGUGCUCGUCCAUAGUCACAGAAUCGAGGAAACUCUUUCUCGGACACAUUUCAAUCUUGGUAUCGAGUUAUGGUUCAGCGAGCCGACUCAACCUGGCAAUAUGACUUGCGUCUCGUCGAGAGCUUUGCAGCUGAACUUUACACCAACAAAAGGACUUCACUACCACCUGCCCGUACUCUUUGAUUAUUUUCAUCUCGCAGCGGUUUCCAUAACCAUUCACGUAUGCCUCGUUGCUCUGCACCAGCCCUACAUAAAAAAAAGCAUCCUCCAUUACGUACAGAGUUGCGCUCCACGUGGCGGAAAACCUUGGCUGCAGUUCAAGCAAACGACCGGAAGCGAAGAGAGCAAAAUUUUGUUUGGAAAUAUCGAACACACCACAAGAUGCGUCGGUUCGGCGACGAGAAUACACCAUGCUCAACUGGUGCAACAGGAAGUAAUACGCCUCCUCCUGACAGCCCGAGAAUCACUGUUAGUCGAAAUGGCAGAUCUCGCUCGUCUUCUUCCUUCGUGGCAGCAAAGAGCUCUCGAAUUAGCUCAAAAUACUCACAAAGAAAUCACCAAGAUGAUGACGACGGAAGAAGCGGACAUAGCGCAGCUUUGUGCUCAAAAUAUCGUAUUGUGGCAGCAUUUCCUUGAGGCAUUCUCGGGCCGCCAGGCCGUCCACGAACAUUUGGCUCACAUCCACCAUCAGUUAAGAGUGAACAGAUUCGCAGAAGGUUUUUUCGUAUUGGGAAAUCCCCGAACGUCCGCAGCUGGGUGCUACGACGCCAAUUACCAAUCGUACCAAGCAGUUAGCGAGGCAGCUCGCAGGUCUCGUUACCUCGCAGCUCUGCCUCCACUCCCAGUUCACUGCCUCGAAUUGGACGGAGAUUUUCACUCUCUUCCUCUGAUUUUCGAGGACCAGUACGCCGACAUGCAGCACAGACAUCGGAACAGCGUCCCAAGCAUGGAUGACUGUAGCUGUGGGAUCGCAGCUAUACUCGAGAAACGUACGACGGAUGUUUGGUCACCAAGAAACGAGAGCGUCGCUCAAUCAAACAUGGGAUCGGUGCAUGGGAGGGUGGUUUUGGCACCAUCUACACUUCCUGCCAGGCACAGCAAGUCCCUUGAUCAACUGGGCCCGGAAGUAAUACCGCCGCAGAUACCGACGCCUUCCAAAACCCUUCCAAGAUCCGCUUCGACCCAGCUGAUACCUCGACACAGGGCUCCGUUCCACAACGGUACGCUUCCAGCUACUGUUCCAAGCUCCAGAAGCAGACAUCCAUCGAGCACUCACUACAGUGGUCUCUUCUUUCCAUCCUCGAGACAACAGGCGUGCUCGGCGCCAAAUCCAUCCCUAGGAAUAUCCCCAAUAGCUACUUUGCCCAGGGCUAAAUCCACCCAGAUUCUUGCUCCGCACAGGCAGCAGCAGCAACAACAGCAGCAGCAGCAGCAGCAGCAUCAUCAGCAUAGCCAUGGACAGCGACACGGAACGUCGGUUAAUUCGAACGUGGAUUCGAAUUCGAUUACAUCCCUGCUGGCAGCCAUGUUCCCAGAACUUCCGUUGAAUGGAUAUUUUCCUGGCUAUCGUCCGUCGUCUGCAGCCAAUGAGCACGUUUCAUCGAGAGGUUUUUAUCACACGAUUCCGGCUAACCCAAGUAUGGGAUCUCGGAAUAUGACUCAGCUGACUGACCGUCUCGGUUCGGACAAACUGACCAAGUCUUCGCCCCGGACGUUCAAGGACAAAGACGGGAAGUCGCGUUCUCCGGAAAAUCGGAAGGGCUGUGGUGCCAACAGGGGAACGGAAUCGCGAAAUAUUUAUGGCACGGCUUAUCAACCAUUGAUAAACAAACCGUUAGGUCUUUCUGCGAACAAGUUAGACGUUAAAGUAGACGUCGACGAUAAAGCUAGAUCAAGACUGUCCUAUAGCGAGACUUUGGAUCGUACACCUAGGGAAAAAAAGCUCAAUCAAGAGUAUAAUAAAUAUCAUACGAACAGCCUUCAGUUUUGGAGACCUCACGCCAACGGCAGGUCAAAUUACUCGGCGUCGAAACGUGUCAAUCCUGGUGCAGGUGAUAUUGCAGCGAACAAUUUUACACGAACUUUGGGUGAUUUUACCCAAGAAGAUUCCGCGAGAAGGUCGAAUUUGAAUGGUAGAAGUAUCGACGAUGUUUAUUCACCGUUUCCUGGCUCUCUUGGUCGGCAAACUAGAAUCAGAGAGAUGACGCUACGGCCUCAACAUCAGCAGCAGGAAAUUAUUAAUAACGAUCAUAGACUGCAUCAGACAUGCCUUAAUAACAAAACUGUAGAUAAAUUAUCGGACGAAUUGAUUGUACAGCAAGGAAUUGAUCGGAAUAAUUACGAGCAAAGGGAUUGUCAUACGGAUAACAGAACGUCGAAGAGUACGAAACCUGUGAGAAGCGGGGGUCGAAAACCACGCUAUGAGAUACCCUUAAACAUGGAAUCCCCUGUGUGUAAACAGCGUGAGGAAAAUACGAGGCGGCCGCAUUCCGCGCCGGCUGUCGAAGCGGAAAAUUUGGAAAACGGGAGAAAGUGUGGGCACAACAGAGCCAGAAAGCCCGCGCCCUUACCGUACGGCCAUAAACACCGACAACUUCCUAGUUCCAACGGUAGUUCAAACGUCUGCGAGGUUGAGAACAACAACACUAUCAUACUGAGAGUUGAACCGAAUAAAAAAUCGCAAUCGGAAAGUUUGACGAUGAACAAUGAAAGUAAGAAAAAAAAUCCAUCCAGUAUAGAUCCUAUGUCCACGACUAAACCAACGACUCGGCUUAGAUGCGCCAGCGUUCCGAUCGACGACCAGAAAGUUGUCGUGCCCAGAAGUGCCAUAUCUUUACCCUGCAUGCCGAUUAACGAUGGCAGAGAUAUUUUCGAGGCUAGUUUUCCGGUUAUUUCAAGUCUUCUGAGCAGUCCGCCCUCUACGAGACCAAGCAGUCUCACUACCAGUUCUAGUUCCAGCAAUUUGACGUCGGAGUGUUCGGGAUGGGUCAGCAGCGGAGAUACCUCGAGUUCCGAGAACCAGACCCUUAAGUUCUCGGGUCAGGCGCUGAGGCAAAAGCUGACUAAGAUUGCCGGAAAGACGAAACCUGAGACCGAUUCAUCCGAGGCGCAGGAUAACGGGGAACAUUCGUACGAGGAGGUCAGACUCCCGCCGCCAAAAAUGUUCCAGGACGAGCCGCCGCCUCCGGAGGAAUUCCAGGAUCCACCUGCGCCCAUUGAUAAUCCCAUAUACCACGUUUACGAGACGGUGAAAAGCGUUACGUCCAAUCAAAAACAGUGCAAAACAGCACCUUGCAGUCCACAGCGGAGCAGAAUUAAAGACAGGGACAACAGUUAUGCCGGUCGGGACGUCUGCUUCGACUGUUAUCAGGAGGGUAAAGAACUGCUGCAAUCGACGCAGGACAACGUCGUAAACUUCAACAAAUGCAAAGAGGAAUUUAAACAGCAGAUGGGAUUUUCGGGGAAAAUAUACAGAGAGAAAAAUGGCCCUCCAACACGGUGGCAUAAACGCGCCCAUUCCCUCGGCAAUGGCGAACUCCCGACCCUACCGCCUCUGCACCCUCUAAGAUCCAAUGUGCCUCUUAGUGACUACCCUACGCUGGCCUCGACACUGCCGUACUUCCACAUCAGCGACGAGUAUCGCCUCUUCUCGCCGGAAGGUGUUCACCUUAUAAUAUGUGUUCAUGGUCUCGAUGGCAACGCCGCCGACCUCAGGCUGGUCAAGACUUAUCUUGAGUUGGGCCUUACCGGAGCUCACCUCGACUUUCUCAUGUCGGAAAGGAACCAGGGUGACACCUUCUCAGACUUUGACACAAUGACCGACAGACUGGUAUCGGAGAUCCUUCAUCACAUUGAAUCCUCGGGACUGAAUCCAUCCAAAGUUAGUUUCAUCGGUCAUUCUCUGGGGACCAUUAUCAUUCGAAGCGCUCUAACCAGGCCCCAGCUUCGCCCCCUUUUGUCACGACUCCACACGUUUCUCAGUCUGAGCGGACCUCAUCUCGGCACACUUUACAAUACAAGCGGCCUAGUAAACGCUGGUAUGUGGUUCAUGCAGAAAUGGAAGAAGUCAGGAUCGCUUUUACAGCUUGCGAUGAAGGACGCCGUAGACGUGCGAAAUUCUUUCAUGUUUCGUUUGAGCCAGCGAAGCAACCUGCAGUUAUUCAGACACGUAUUGCUGUGCGGUAGUGCCCAGGAUCGUUACGUCCCUCUGCAUUCGGCUCGUAUAGAGCUUUGCAAGGCAGCCAUAAGGGAUCCAACGGAUCAAGGCGCUGCGUAUCGUGAAAUGGUUCACAACAUAUUGUACCCAGUGAUGUCUACGCUUGACGUAAGUCUAGUAAGGUACGACGUUCAUCACGCUUUGCCACCGACCGCUAACGCUUUGAUAGGAAGAGCAGCUCACAUCGCAGUUCUCGACUCGGAAUUGUUUAUUGAAAAGUUUUUACUAGUCGCCGGAUUAAAGUACUUUAGAUAAAGAAUCCGGUCUCUUAGCUACGAAAAGGAAUAAAUUUAGAAUGAAAGAAAAACUGAGAACAACACAUUUUUCACUUUAGGUUUUUAACAUUAUUACCGAUAAUUCCGGUAAUGGCUAUACGCGAGAUCCUCGAGCAAACGAGAUAAUUUGAUAUUAUUAUUGUUAUUAUUAUUAUUAUUAUUAUUAUUAGGGUAUUAAAUAUAAAUGUAUGGACUUUUUUUUUUCCAAAUACGUCUAAUAUUCCGCGAUCAUAGAUGAAUUACGUGGUAGGUACGUAAUGUAUGUAUAAUUAUGUAUACAUGUAUUCGGAGCUGGGAUUGAAUAUUAACGAUGGGAUAUGUAACUACUAACAGUCACUGAGACCAAUACGAUGAUGGUACAUUAUAUGACUGAACACUAAAAUACUAAGUCUCCACAUUGAUGCCUGAAAAUAAUAAUUAAAAUAUUAUUUAUAAAGACGGUAGAGAGAGAAAAAAAAAAAUAAUGAAAAAAAGGAAAACGAAAUCGAAGAAAAAUAUAGAAAUAAUAUGAGAAAACGACGAGUCUGUACAUACAAAUGAUCGUGCUAAAUAUGUAUAAUUAGGGUAAUGAUGAGAACCUAAUUUUUGUUUAAAAAAACGAAAUGAACAGAAAAAAAAAACACAUCGGACUGGCUAUAAAUACCCUGGUAAUCCAUAAUUACACGUAAAUACAUAAACGUGGUAUAUAGUCACCGAACAUUGUUUCCUUAUGUAUAGUGAUAUUAUAAAAUUAUAUCAUAGGAUCGUCAUUGGAUAUUUAGAAUUUUAUAUGUACAUACAAUUUUUCGCCCGUAGAUGAUUAAGCGAGGAAGAGGGGCGAAGAAAAAUUUCACGCGAAAGAGGAGA